ACCAGACUAAAAUUCCAUCCAACUGCCCUGACUACUAAAGCCGAAAAAUUUAGCUGUCUGAACAACCACAGCAACCCGACCAGUAUGGCGCAGGUCAAGGAUAUCACUCUGGACCUUGAGCGCCACCAGCAGGCUCUUGAAGAGACGAUUUCCAGGCUUCGCAAAUCCCUUCAAUACUGGCAGACGUGGUACUUUGAGUAUGCCGCGCUGAAGGAAGAAGUGGCCGGUUCCGAAGACCAACCACCAAGUCGCAAGGACCUUGCUCGAAUCCGGCGUGACUUCGACGCCGAACUCCUCGAUAAGAAGGAAGUCAAUGAAUUGUUCGGCAAGCAUGAUCUCAAGGAGCCGGAGCAGAUCAUUAGCGCCCUGUCGCGGCGCAUGGACUACGUGGAGCGGAAUGUCGAAACUAUAGGGAAGCAACUCGAGGCAGCGCAGAACAGGUUGGCGGCUUCGAUUGUGGUAGCGAAUCCCGAUGGAGGAACCGACGAGGAGAGUGGCCUUCCCAUUACCGAUAUCAUCGAGGAGCUUGACAAGGACGGGAAUGUUGUGAAUUUCCGCCUGCAAACCGGAGGGGACACCGGACCCAAAGUCCUCGAGGCUUUGAGGAAAGCCGGGUUGGAUGGCCUGGGUGACACGCCAGAGGCAUCCACUGCCGUCCCCACGAGCUCGGAACCGUCAGACCCCACGGAAGAGGAUACCACCCUGCAAUCAAGCCGAGAAGAUGCUCAUGGAACGCCCUCCAAAAACAAUCCUUCUCUUGCGGAAAGACCAGCCAGUUCGAGGAAGAGUGUAUCGUUUGUGGAAGAUACUAAACCUGGUCACGAUUCUGAGGAGCAACAGCCUGUCUCGAGAGCGGCUCGUCGACUCGAGCAGAUCAUGCAGCGUGCUAAGGAUCUGGAAACCCUGGAAGCGGACUCUGUCGUUAUCCCAGAGGAUGAAUCACAAGAGGAUGCUGAACUACGCCGGGAGAUGCUCGAAUAUGGCCUGUCGGAAAUCGGACCUGUUGUAGCAGAGCUUCAACUGGACGAGGACUAUUCCGGUAAUAGUGAUGACGAUGACGAGUACGAUUAUACCGAUGAGGACGAUGAUACAGAGGAUGAACUCGGCAGGUCCAGGCAUAGUGUCAUCACCGAUGAUUACCGCCAACGGAUGCAAGAGUUGGAAAAGCGCCUGGGCGUGCAGUCCGCGUUCUCAGCAGAUCCGAUGCCGAAGAACCCGAUCCCAGAGGAAGGUAUCGGACGGAUAUCCAUAGUUGGCCAGGCAGGCUCUAGAACCUUGUCGCGUGAUGAUGCCCAAGCUGGAGACUCUCCGAAACCUGCAACCAAGAAAGGGGUUCGGUUUGCAGAGCAGCUGGACAUUGCACCAGGCGAUGAAGUACCUACCCCUGCCAGUUCUUCUGCGUCAAAAGAGACACCAGAGGUCAAUCCUCUAAGCGAUAUUGUUGAGAGGACUGCCGAACCCCGGCCCCGGGCUGAGAAUCCCACCAGGCGACCCUCGAGGUUCAAAAAAGAACGUGGAGCGGGAUCCGAGUCCGCGGUUCCUCAUGUGCCAAGUGGCCCCCACGAAGCGCCUGUCAGAUUCUUGGACCAGGACCGGGCAAUAGCACCCUCUGGUCCCGCCGGACAGACAAUGGCAGAUGCCAUCGUCGAACGCGAUGUGUCGUCGGAAGCGAGAGAGCCCGAUGAGUUCGAUACCGAUCUUGUACAUCAACAGGCUGCGGUUGAGUUCAAUCGGGUCCGGAACCGCCUCAUUCACAAACAAGGCGGAUUCCUCAAGGAGCACGAAGCGCCAAUCACCCCACUGGAUGAGGAAGAAGGGGGCCCCAAGCGUAUGAGCAGAUUCAAAGCUGCGCGGCUGUCACGGCAGUGAUCGCUGGACACGACUACCCAUUCGAUAUCCCAAGGGCUGGUAUCAUAGUCAACUCGGAUCGAGUUAUCUGAGCCGUGUUUCGGUGGCUCCCUAUGUCCGUGACCAAGAGGUAUAAUGCCUUUCAUAUUCGGAGCAAAUACGGACUGUACAGUCCACCAUUUUAUCUCAUUAAAUCAUUUUCUAACAUUGGCCGCACUCUCCGUCUUCACGGCGCUUCUGGCAUGAAUGAUUCGCUGCCGCCCACCAGGCAGGGAACUUUUUCUCACCCUCCUCUAAGUCAGCAUCUCAGGAGUGACCAUCCCCCCUUUACGGAACGCAUAUUGUCUGACAAUUGAUGGUCUGCAGCCUCGAUCUG